GAAAAUCACAAACAGAGCCAGGGCAAGCCGACAGCAACGGGCAAGCAGUACAAUCAACACAGGUAAACAUGUCCCAGAAGGAGCCCAAAGAGGACGACGUGGCAGAUCCGAUGAGCUCGUCACCUGCUAAGAUCAACAAACCAAACUUAGGGUCCAUCAACCCGCCGUUGUUCAAGUUGAUGGUUCUGGAUGCCUUGAAGAACAACAACUAUGACCAUCUCAAGAGCCUGGUGCGCUCUGCUGACUCGGCACCCAACCACGACGAUUUCCUCUCCGUGAGAAACUCGAUACUCAACCUGGCAGUCCAGGUGGCCUCCGUCAAACUCAUCCAGAAGCUGUUGAGCCAGGAAUGCUCAUCCGAGCUGGGCGUUGACAUAAACUACCAGGACACAGACGGUAACACUCCAUUGCACCUGGCUGCGCUCAACAACAGGCUCGAUGUUGCUCAGCUACUGCUGAGAGAUGGGCGUAUUAACGAUACAAUACUGAACAAUAAUAGGAAGCAGCCGAUCGAGGUGACGAAAGACUCCCAUAUGAUUGCGCUGUUACAGUAUGAGCAAUCCCAAUAUCUGGAGAAGAUUGCUCUUGAUUUUAGGAAAUCCUUCAUUGACCAUGACUUUGCCAGAUUGGAUGAGAUACUCUUGCAACCGAGAAACGCAGAGCUACUAGACAUCAAUGGCAAUGAUCCGGAAUCAGGCGAUACUGUGCUCCAUGAAUUCGUCAAGAAGAACGACAUAGGCAUGGUGCAAUGGAUCUUGAGUCAUGGAGGAGAUCCUUUCAAAAGAGAUAAGAAGGGGAGACUGGCCAUCGAUCUGGUGCCAAAGACGAACGAAACGAUGAAGCAGAUCCUCAGAGAUGCCACCCAGAAUCAAACUGUCAUCAACAUGAAUGAGGUUUCGUCACUCACGGUGCCAACGUUUAAGGGCUACUUGAACAAAUGGACCAAUUUCGCUGGUGGUUAUAAGCUUCGUUGGUUUGUCCUGGACGCCAAUGGAGUGCUGUCGUACUACAAGAGCCAGGAUGACUCCAACAGUGCAUGUAGAGGCAGUUUGAACAUGAGAACUGCCACUUUACACUUGGACUCCUCAGAAAAGAUGAAGUUUGAAAUCGAAGGUAAAACUGGGGUCAGUUGGCAUCUGAGAGGCAACCAUCCUACAGAGACAAACAGAUGGGUAUGGGCUCUCCAAGGUGCUAUUAGAUACGCUAAGGAUAAAGAUGCUGAGAGGAUACGCAGAUCAACAAGCAGUGCUUUGAACGUUGAGGAUGGCUUUAAAAAGCUUGGUUAUAAGUCACCUAGACUGCCAACUAGUGAGCCGGAUGCUCCAUUUGGUAACAGCAUCGACAAUAAGCCUGAGCUGCAGAAGAGAAGAUCUGUUACUGCUGUGAUUGUCAACGAUUCGGAUGACGAUGAAGGCGAUGAGUCAGAUGAGUUCCUCGGUGGCGAUGAUAAUGACGAUUCUGAUUUGAAUGCAGGCCCAUUUGCACAGGACAUAUCUAUGGCAAAGAGUGGGUUCAAGACACAGUUAGACGCAUUGAGGGAACUUUUACAAAACAUGCAACUAUGUGGUACAUCUCAAGAAGCCGUUGUGAUAUCGCUUACUGCAGUCAAUUCGAUGAUUGAGUCGUACGAGGAGCUCAUCAACCUCGUUGAGAAAAGAGACUCAAGGUUGGUUAAAAAUUUGCAUAAACAGAAGGAUAUCAACGGUCUUUGGAUCAACUCCAUGAGAGACCUGGAGAAUGAGUUGAUAGCUAAGAACAACGAAUUGGAGACCUUUGAAUCAGAAAGAAGAAAAAUCAAAAGAGUGUUGACCAAGAAAUUCGGCUACUCCACCACAAGCCUUGAGCACGUUCCAACCAUAGAGAGUAUAGCUGAAUCGUCUGGAGAUGGUGCUGAACAAGGUGACUAUGCAGCUGAUGCGGAAAUCUCCAGAAUCUUGGGAUCGGAUGAGUCAGAGGAUGAGUUCUUUGAUGCCGAUGAUUUCUCAGACGAUGAGGAAGAUACAGAGGUGAACGUGCUGCAACAAGACGAUGGUUAUGCAACAGAGACUGAAGACGAAUCUGUCGUAACCCCACAUGUGGAGGAGGUAUACACCGAAGCGCAGAAGAACAAGCUGGCUUUGAUUGAGCAUGACAAGUCAUUUCUCGGGUAUGAAGAUCCACCAAGAACUGAACUUGGGCUCAAAGUGGAUGAGCGUCCCGUUGUUAGUUUAUGGGGAAUUUUGAAAUCCAUGAUCGGCAAAGAUAUUACCAAAAUUGCAUUACCUGUUGCAUUCAACGAACCAACCUCCAUGUUGCAAAGAUUAGCUGAAGAUUUCGAAUACAGCUCAUUGUUAGAACAAGCUGCCAGCUUUGAGGAUUCUUCUUUAAGAAUGCUUUACGUUGCUGUUUUCAACAUGUCUCAAUACUCUUCCACGAUUAACCGUGUUGCCAAACCAUUCAACCCAUUGCUUGGUGAAACUUACGAGUAUAGCAGACCUGACCUUGGUUUCAGAUUUGUUUCCGAACAAGUGAGUCACCAUCCUCCUAUCUCAGCUUUGAUUGCAGAACACACGAAAUGGGAUUACUACGGCGAAACAUCUGUUCGAUCUGGUUUCAAUGGCCGUUCGUUCGACGUUCAGCCAACUGCGACGUGGUAUUUACAUUUGAGGCCAGAUCAUGGUGAUGAAGAGGUUUAUUCCUGGAAAAAGCUUACAACCUCUGUCGUUGGCAUAUUGGUUGGAAGUCCAAGCAUUGAUAACUAUGGAGAUAUGAUCAUUACAAACCAUAAAACAGGUGACCAAUGCAUUGUCACGUUCAAACCUCGUGGUUGGAGAAGUGGUCAAGUUUAUGAAAUGUCAGGUUUGGUUACUGAUAAGUAUGGCAACAAGAAAUGGGCCAUUGGUGGCCAUUGGAAUUCCAAGGUUUAUGGAAAGAAGAUUCUUUCUGAUGACAUGCACAUCGAUAAGAAAGCGACUGCUGUUGAAGGCGGUCCUGUUGAUGAUGGUUCGAAAUUCCUAAUCUGGAGUGCUAAACCAAGACCAACCGUUCCUUUCAACUUGACAUCGUAUGCUAUAAGUCUCAACGCUCCACAGCCAGGUUUGAUGGAAUGGGUUGCAAAGUCAGAUACUAGGCUCAGGCCUGAUCAAAGGGCCAUGGAGGAUGGACUAUACGACGAUGCUGGUGAUCUGAAACUAUACGUUGAGGAGAAGCAGAGGGCAGCUAGAAAGGCACGUGAAGAGCAGAACGUUGAAUAUGAGCCGAACUUCUUCUUCAAAGAUGUUCAUCCGAUAACCGGUGAGGAGUACUGGAAAUUUACCGGUGACUAUUGGAAUCUAAGAUCUCAAAAGAAGCUUCCUUCUGUUGAUAUCUUCUGAGUCCCCAGUGUCUCGACUGUUAACCUCGCGUGGGGUGGUACAUAUGCAGAUCUGUGAAUGAUGUAUAUGUGAAUUUGAUCUAAAAUAAGCAAAGCACUUAGCGGACGAUUUGCGUGUGAAGACGAGACACGCUUAUACGAUCGUGGCGAAGCUGUAGCGACAGAACGGGGAGUGUAUCUACGUCAUGUGUCAUUUACAUCGAUGAGCAUGUCUUUUCUUCUUCUUCUCCUGGCCAGUGCGAAGUAUGCCCGUGUUGUUAUUGACGUAGCACAUAUGGCGACUGAAUCGUUGAUCCGGACGCGUCAACGCGUCACG